AUGGAGGUGUUACCGCCAAUCGCUUCCGGGCUCGGAAUGAUGCCGUCUCUUGAUGGCUCCUCCGAGAUGUUCGAUGGAGCAGGUGGGUCGCUGACGGGCCUCGCGAAUGGCAGCGACGGCCAAGCCACUGCACGUGCGCGGGACACAGACCGGCAACCGCCGCCAGCUUCUUCCCAACGCCGACCGACCGCGACACCAGCCGACGACUGGCUGCAGGCUUUCUUCGACGACAACGACGCCGACGACGACUCCUCGCUCGCAGAAGCCAUACACCCGCUCACCUUCUCUCUGUACGGCCUUGAGCAUCCUGAGUACACCCUCAACAUCUCCCCGUGCUGCGACCAUGGCGACGGCAGCAUGCUCGUAGCCCCCGGCGAGCAGUCGCAUUUGCUCACUGGACAUGCCGCCGCCUCUCACGAUGCCCCCCUCUACCCGUCCGCGACCGCACCUUCCCCCAGCGCAGACAUGGAAGCUGCGACCGCCGAUGCGCCCAGCGCGCCUGCCGACCCCAUGGCUCCCACAGUCCCCGACCUCCCGGGCGCCUUCGUCCCAGACAUUCCCAAUGCACCGUUCGAUCCGAUGAGCACAGCGGGCCUCGAGGGGCAGCCCGCAAUGGCCGCCGCCAUGCCGAGCCUCGACGCCCCCAUCUCCCUCCCCACCGACAUGCAGUCUUUGGCUGCCGACUAUACCAUGGGAAUACCCAUGAACGGCUACACGCCUCAUGCGCCUGCGCAACAGAGGCUAAGUGCCUUCGCGCGCCUGCGCUUCGACGACGGAUCGUACUACAUGCACACCUACCAGAUCAUCCUCGGCCGGAACGUCCAACUCGCCCACAAGGACAUGCGCCGCCUUGCCAAGGUCGAACAAUUGAGGGCUAAGGGCGAGCCGGAACGCGCGCAGGCCCUGCUCCAUGGCAAGAAGCGCAAAAGAACCCAUGGAGGCCCUCGCAGUGUAAUCAGCGAGGCGGGAGGCAUUGUAAAUGCGCCCGUUUCUAUGAUGCCCAUGGAGUACCAGCAGCGUCGUCAGAGCAUCGCCUCGCACUCGGUCAGCUCCGGCCACGGCGAAUCUGGCCAGGAGGUGGAACAUGCCCCGCAGGAGAUGCUCAUGCAAGCCUUCCCCGAGGCCCCCGAUCAGCUCGAUGCAACAGUAACAGAGGACCCGAAUGACUGCCCGCUAGUGCCCAUUCAUCCACAGCAUAUCACGCACCGGACUGGCGUCAGGGGUCCGAAGGGCAUCAGCCGGCAGCAUGCAAAGAUCUUUUACGACUUUGAGACCGGCCAUUUCUGCCUAGCUGUGCUCGGAUCUAAUGGACUGUACCAUGAGGAUCAGUUCCUGCCCAGAGGCGCCUGCGUUGAAUUGAGCCAUGGCGAUACCAUCACCAUCGGCAUGGUGGAGAUGGCCUUCUUCCUGCCAGAUAUAGCUCUCACCGAGGAGCAGCGUAACCACCAAGAAUCAGGUUCCCAUUCUCGGCCGAUGAGCUUUAGCUUUGAAAAUGGUCAGGGGGAGCUGGAGAGCGACGACGGAAUAGACGAUGAUUCCGUGAGCGAGGAUAUGAGCAGUAUCAACCCGCGCCAUGUAUAUCACUAUCCGGUGGGCAGUGACCUUGAAUCCGACGAGGACGCGAUUGGUGAAGAAGACGAAGAAAUGGAGGACGAGGAACAGUACAGCCCGGAGCCCCGACCGACGCCGAACUUGAAAUUGAAACUCAAGAAUAAGCAUGCGCCGCCGCCUCUCAAGCCCAAGAGGGGCUACAAGAGGAAGGCGAUACGGGAGCCAUCUCCAGAGGAACCUCCGCCGAAGAAGGCAAAGCCGCCCAAGGAUAAAGGCAAAUCUGUCAAGAUUCCGACAAAGAUGCCCGCCAAAGCGCCGGCCAAGGAGCCAGCAAAAGCUCCGCCCGAAAAGGCGGCGAAAGACUCCACGCCUAAGGAUGAGACGGCUAAAGCUGCAGUCAAAUCAGAGAGCCCAGUUGCCAUGCGUAAACCAGAGCCGAAGGUCGAAGGCGAAGAAGGGGAGGUGGAGGGGAUCAUCACCGCCGAAGUCGCUCGACAGCACGGUCUUCCUGACUCACUCAUUGGAACACCUCUCAUCAAGCGGAAAGGCCCCGGUCGACCUCCUAAAGAUGGCGUUAUGUCGAAACGCCAGAGGUCCCAGCUCAUCAAGCAAGCGAAAGAGAUCGAGAAGGCUAGAGCAGCUGGCAUCGACCCAGCGGAUCUGCCCACUCCCACCGUCAAGCCCAAGAUUGCGCGCCGCAAAGAGUCUAAUGCUGGGGAAGACGACGAUAUCCGGGAGACAACCGAGAAGGGUGAUGGUGUCGGCAGCACGAGCGACAAGAAACAGGCGAAGCCGAACAAGCCUCCACGAACCCCGUCGCCUGAAAUGAGAAUUGAGGACUAUACAGAGGAGCAGUUACAGCGUCCUACUGCUAACUACGUCGUCUUGAUUCAUGAGGCAAUAUCGUCAUCGCCCACGGGGCAAAUGAACCUGCAGCAAAUUUACAAUUACAUCGAGCGGAACUAUCCCUGGUACAAGUUCAAGACGACGACGAGCGGAUGGCAGUCCAGUGUUCGGCACAACCUUGGCCAGCACGACGCGUUUGUUAAGGGUGACAAAGAAGGCAAGGGAUACAUGUGGAGAAUCAACCCCAGCGUGUCCAUCGAAAAAGAACGCCGGAAGCGGCAGGUCAGCCCACCACAGGUGAAUCAGGCGCAGCGGCAAGGAUAUUAUCCGCCUCCGAAUGCGUAUCCGCCACCAUACGGGCAGCCGGGAUACUAUCCUCCUCCCCAAGGCGUCCCACCGAAUGUUACGCCGCGGCCUCCCCCUAGCGUCCAGCCUGUUCAGCCACGCCUUCCUCCCAGCUUGGCCCGCAAUGCCGAAUCUGCAUCGCAAGACAAACCUUCGUAUACCUCACCAUGGGCAGGUGGAAAUGUGGCCGGUCAACCAGCAAACCAGAAUCCACUGCGCCCUUACCCUCCGCCCACCUCUCAAACAUCACCAGCAGGCUUGGCUGCCCCACCAAGCGGACAGUAUGGUGUCCUCUACCCGACGACUGCCCCUCCAACUUCUGCUGGUGACUAUACAUCCGCAGCUGCGUACGGCGGCCAUUAUGCAACAUCAGGACCAAGCCCAUAUUCCACCCCAGGUCGCCCAUACACACCCUAUCCACCGUCAGGAACCCCCUCGACUGUUCCUCCAGCGCCCUCCGCAACAGCACCGGGUUCUCAGACACCGCAGACUUCUGCUUCUCAACCACAACCCCCCCAAAACGAAUUGGGCAUUCCUCACCCGUCGGGACGCUAUCCACUGUCCACCAACCCGGACCUCAUCCGCCAACUCGAAGCCUUCCGAACAGUCUAUCUCCAGACCCGCAUAGAGCCUGGGGAGGAUAAGAAGGUUGACAAUGCGAUCCGGGCGUAUGUGACGCCCGAACUUGCGAUGAAUCUGACGCCACAGGAGCAGAAUCUUCUGAACUCGAUUAAAAGCAUUCCCAUGCUCGAACAGCUCCGGGGUGGAAGUCAGCCCAUCAAGCAAGAGGAAGGUGCUCGGGCAAGCGAAGCAACGGUGCACGUCAACGGAGAGAACAAGGACGCUGCUCCGACGGCGGCAGCGAGUACUGCUGCUGCUAUUGCAGCCGACGCCGCGGCUCCUUCAUCCAACGAACCGCAAAAGUUCACGCCGAAUAUGACCGGCCCCCCACCCUCCGCCACGACUCCGACUCCGACUCCAAUAUCCGCGGCCGUCCCCGCGCCCAUGCGUGUGCAGACGCAGAGGCCGAGCGUCGAGCCCCUGACGCCGGUUCCUGGAUCCCCAGCUAUUCAGAACGGAACACCUAUGAAGCGGCCUGCGCCUGAGGCAGGUGUUGCUGGGACGGAGGACACGGUGGGCGGUGCCCAGCUAGAAGUCGCAAAAUCUGAAGCGGAGGCCGUGUCGCAGGUCGGGUCAACAUAAUGCAUCCCGGCGACUACAACAUCCACGACAUUUGGGCCUACAAAAAGUUCUCCCCUUCCCUACGGAUUUGGUAUCCGUUAUCCUAACAUGCCUCAUACUGCUUUGGCUUAGCUCGGUGCGGUCCUCCAGCCGGCACACGAUUUCUGUUCUACGCGACGCAUCAUCUUUCUGGCGUUUAUAUGGUGGAAUUUUAGGACUUAGGUUACGGGCGAUUAUAGAUACCCGGCGCUCUCGAGAUGCGGGCGGACAGCAAAAGUUUCAUGGUAUAUGUCUCAGCUAUGGAUUAAUGAAUGGACUUUGGGAAUGCAGGGGCUGGCUGCGCUGGGUUGGGUUGGGUUGGCGUGGUACCUCCUCUGAAUGAAUACGUACAUGCAAUAGAGCUUGGUUUCAG